CUUUUCUUUCUUUUUCUGUCUCCUCUCUCUCUCCUCCUCCUUCGAAGACCGAACUCUCUUCCCCCACCAACAAUUCAUCUAUAUCGUACCGUGCCCUUUGUUUCUUCUCCUUUCUUACUUUUUUUUGUUUUACUAAUUUUUCUUAAUAUUUUCUAAACAUUCAGUACAAAAAGAAAGUCUUCAUACACAUUCUUGAACAGUGCCUUAUUAUUACCCAGUAAUAUCUAAUAAGUGAUAAUAUCCACUAUGGCGGAUACGGUGCCUGGUCAUGAGCGGACACAAUGGCAACAACAAGAGAGGACAACACAAAUCCUCGAGGAUUUUCCUCACCAUAACUUGCCACACUUUACGUGGCGUUCCGUUAUAGUUGGUAUCCUGAUUGGGACCCUACUAUGUUUCACCAAUAUGUAUUUUGGACUCCAAACUGGAUGGAUCAGUAUGAUGUCGUUACAAUCCUCUCUUUUGGGAUUUGCGCUAUUCAAGGGUGCUAAACGGUAUCUGAAAGUACCUUUUGGUCCUGCAGAGAACAUUGUCCUCCAGUCGGUGGCUGUGGCUACUGGUACGAUGCCCUUAGCGGCUGGAUUUGUGGGCAUCAUCCCAGCACUACAGAUGAUGACUACAGCAGACAACCCUCCAACAGCCAACCAUCCUGGAGGCGGCUAUUAUCUCUCGACAGGAAAUAUGAUCCUUUGGAGUCUGGCCAUCGCGUUCUUUGGAGUGUUCAUUGCUGUCCCUUUGAGGCGACAGGUUAUAGUCAAGGAGAAGCUACCUUUUCCCUCAGGAACUGCCACAGCUCAAAUGAUUGGUGUCCUGCAUAACACGCCCUUGGUUGUCCGUGCACCCCUUCGCCGCCACCACAAUACCUCUACCCUUGAAGAGACAUCAAAUUCAUCCUAUCCAGAUGCUCAGGGCAUUCGUAGGCGCAAUGUCUAUACAGAGAAGAAGGAAGGCGAUGAAGAAAAAGGAUUGGAUAAUAUCAAGGACUCUAAUUCUGGAUCGAUUGAUCAACCUUUGGACCAUAACAUCCCAGGUGCUCAACAACCAUUGGGCCAAGUGGCCCCUGUUGAUUAUGGUGCCAAGGAUAUUUACAGCGAUAGCAAUGAUGAUGCAGAGGUUGUGGAGAUCAAGGGUGAAAAUGGUGAACAUUUUAGUCUGAGUCGAAAUUUCUUGCAGGAGGAUAAUUGGCGCAUCAACAUGAUUGCAUUAGGUCUAUCUUUUGGCGCAUCAGCUCUGUAUACAUUGUUGUCCUACUUUUUCCCUGUGGUUGCAACAGUCCCUAUCUUUGACUGGCUUUCUGGUAUGACAGUAUCAGUCGCUAGUACGUGGCAAUGGUUCUUGACUCCUUCACUUAGUUAUGUAGGGCAAGGCGUCAUCAUGGGAUUCCCUACGACUGCAUCUAUGCUAUUCGGCUGUAUUGUUGGUUGGGCUAUUCUAUCUCCGAUUGUGACGAACAAGAAGUGGGUGACUGGACCUGUAGGAAGCUCUACCACAGGUGCUCGUGGUUGGAUUCUUUGGAUUUCUCUUGGUGUUAUGAUCGCAGAAGCCGUAGUUUCGUUGUUGGGAGUCAUUGUCCUCUCAUUGAUUGUCCAUUAUCGCCGCAGAGUACGUGAGAAGCGCCGCGCGGAGCGCAGGGCAGCCCUAGAGGCUUCGGCUUCUCAAACUGGGGCUGAGAUUGAAGCCUUUAGUGAACUGGAUGCUGAAGAAGACCUUGAGGAAGAAGAUGCUCCUAUUGAUCAGCUGGUUCCGCUCAAGGUUUGGGUGUGUGGCCUGCUGUUGUCAACAGCUCUCUGCCUGCUGUUGAUCUGGAUCGUCUUUAAGGAUCAACACAUGCCUGUCUAUGCAACAUUGUUGGCGGUCGUGCUUGGAUGUAUCCUUUCAGUUCUGGGUGUUCGUGCACUAGGAUCAACAGACCUUAAUCCUGUCAGCGGUAUCGGCAAGGUCUCACAGUUUGUUUUUGCAGGUGUUGUCCCUGGAGGUAUCGUAGCUAACCUGAUUGCAGGCGGUAUUGCAGAGGCUGGAGCUCAGCAGGCUGGCGAUUUGAUGCAGGAUCUUAAAACAGGACACCUUUUGGAUGCCUCACCCAAAGCACAGUUUUAUGCACAAUUGAUCGGGUCUCUUGCGUCGGUAUUCAUUUCCACAGGUGUAUACAGGCUGUACUCGAGUGCGUAUGAGCUCCCAGGACCUCAAUUUGCGGUCCCGACUGCGAAAGUUUGGCUUGAUCUUGCUCGUUUAGUGAAUGGGCAUUCGUUGCCAUAUAACACGGGUCCCUUUAUCUGGGGAUUCGCUGCUUUCUUUGCGGUCUUGACAUUGGUCUCAGUCAUCUUCUCAGAUGUAGCCAUCUUACGAUCUCGAAAAACAAACGGGUCCGCACAAGGCCGGCCACGAUGGAUAGGAUGGAUCCCCUCAGGAAUUGCGUUUGCAAUUGGCAUGUACAACCUACCAAAUUUUACGUUGGCUCGUUUUGUAGGCGGUGUAGUAUCACUCUGGUGGGACUGGCAUUGUAAGAAGUAUGCGGGUCAUCCGAAAGCCAAGUAUGCCAAACUGGGCCGAGUGUUUUUGAUCAUUAUCGCAUCAGGCUUCGUAUUGGGUGAAGGAACGUUUUCGAUCAUAAACUUGAUCCUUAAGACGGCAGGAGUGCAUUCGGCAUCAUGCGUUGGAUGUUAUGCUGGAGCAUGUAGCUGUAACUAAGGCUUUAAUGUCAACACAACAUAGUACAAUACAGCACAAUUAAUAAAACUUUGCCUUGUUAACGGC